AUGGCCGACUUCUCUGAAUACACGGGCCCAAGCCCAGACUGGCUCGCCUUGGAGCCAACUCUCCCUCAGCCGCCGAAGGACCUCUCGGUGCAGCAGAUGAAGGAUCUUGUGAACAAGGACCGUGAGGAGUCUGCGGCACAGGACAUGAUUGAGCAAGUCCAAAUUCACGACUUCACCGUCCCAACUCGCGAUGGUGCAACCGUUGAAGCACGCACUUACCGCCCUGCUGGUGUUCCCUUAUCUGAAGGGCUACCAGUCUUCAUCUAUUUCCACGGCGGAGGCUUUCUUUUCGGUACACUGGCCUCGGAGGAUGCAAUCUGCUCGCGGAUAGUAGUCGCACGCGCGCAGAAGGGCACGCCCGUCGUGGUGUUCAACGUGAACUACCGACACAGCCCCGAGCACCAGUACCCAACCUCCUGGAACGACACUGAAGACGCCUUCGUGUGGCUGCACAAGCACAUCAAAGAAAUCGGCGGGCUGAGCGACCAGGUCGUCGUGGGCGGCAAUUCCGCCGGAUCAUGGAUGACUGCCUCACUGGCACUCGCCCAGCUCCGUGGCGAGGAUCAGCGACUUGCAGCGUGUCCGAAGAUCCGGGGCCUAGUGCUGAUGAUCCCUGGGUUGGUCAUGUUGGAUUACUAUGCGCCACGCCAGGAUCUGCUUCGUAGCCCGGAGAUCUCGAGUUUGGUGCAGUGUGCUGAGGCCCCUAUUUUGCCUAUUAGUCGCCUCAACUAUUUUUAUCAUCUGCUGGGUGUGUACGGUAUCAAGGAUGCAGAUGGUGAUCGCAGGUUGAACCCUGGGAACGCCACGGCCGAGGAGGUCAAGAGGCUUCCGCCCACGACUUUUGGGAUUGCUGGGAAUGAUCCAUUGAGGGAUGAGGGAUUGUUCUUCGGGAAGUUGCUCAGCGAGAACGGGUGA